CUUUUCUUUCUCUUCCAUACGUUCUCUCGCGACGAACCGACCCCUCGCUAAAAGAGUUAAAAGAAGUGUCAAAAAGCACACGACGGAUAUUUUCAGCCUGCCGUACCUGGGCCUAGCUGCCCAUGGAACGUGGUUGGCUGUGGAGUCCCAACCGCCCCCUGAUGCAAAAAGAGCCAAGACGCUGUCACCAUAUCGCAAACACUUAUUAUGAUGUCGUAGCCCCAGACACCAGGUCGGCAUCUUAUGAAUACCUUACAUAUAAGGAGCACAGGGCGACAAGGUCAGAGAAUGGAUAGGCUGAUGGUGGCGGCUCACGGGGUUUUGGGACACCAUGUUGUGCAUCCAAUUGCGACAUCCUUCUAGUAGACUUCGUUGAUGAUCUAUCUGGAUGAUUAAAAUUCGACUUCCAGAUGCAGAACAAAAGGCUUCUUUUGGCGGUGAUGAGGUGCAGGUGCCUGGCAAGGCACGAGGGGGUAGCCAGUGGUAACCGAACAAAUUGGCGGGCCAUAGCACCCCUUGGACCGCCCUGUGCCGCAGACACAGGAGGGCCAGUGCUCAGCUAAUCUACCGGUUUCCACAGGAAUGUGAAUUUGCUGCUCCAACCUCUUUGACAAGUAUCAACACUGCUAUAGUAUCUGUUCCCUUUCUUCACUCAGAUAUCUCUCGAUCCCCAGGCCGUCUUGUUGCAGUCCUGCCCUUGUCGUUUCUGCCAUCUUGUACCUCCUCGACAGCGCACCAGGCACACACAGGCGUUUCAUCCAGAAUCUUGCUUGGUUGUCCCUUCUUCCUGUUUAACGGCAGCGCUUAGGCGCCUUGCGGUCUUAGGGGACCCCAUCCAGCCGAACCAGGCAGACCUCAAAUCUCUGACCUUCCGCCAGUCCCACCCUCGACCACCAGAUCUGUACCGAACUGCCUGCGUGCAUGCAACCCGGCAACAUGAUGUCGUCGCCGUUGAAGAUACAUCCCGAGGAGGUUGCGGGCAAGGUGCUCAAGAGGGCUGAAAUCAGCAAGAUGGCCAGGAGACUGCAGAACCGCCUCGCUCUUGCCCAAUUCAAAACGAAGCAUGGGCUCGAAGACCUGACCCUCGAUAAGAUCGAGCCUAGGUUCGAGGACAGGAUACGGCGCAACCGCUAUCCCGACGGUGAUAUCUUGUCCGACUCCUCUUCAAGCGCGUCCGACCUCCCGUACCCCUCGAGAACAUUGAUGAGCUCCCCGCUCAAGGCGCCCAUCUUUUCCGAUGCUAUCAUGUCCAGCAAUGGCAGCACCGGUCACCGAAAGCGCACAUAUGUCGCAUCUUUUGAUCACACCAUGUCGAGUCCAAGCAAACGCUUUCGCCAGUCCCCCACCGCCCACAGAUCCUUCAGCCACCCCCUGUGGAAAGACUCUGAACACCAGCUCACUCAGUCAUCACCCAUGAAACCGAAGCGACAGCAACACUUCACCACCUCGGCCGGUCCCGAUCUGUCGUUUUAUGCAGGCUCCAAACAAAUCAGCGACGUUUACGUUUCUACAAACUAUGCCGCCAAUUCCGAUGACGAUGAUGACCUCCCCAUCCAAUCCUUCCAGGCCAGAAACAGCAUCCGCAUAUCACCACCCCGAACCCCACCAAUGCGCAGCCGCAGCCUCAUGAAGAAGCCCAGAGACAGGCAAUCAGCAGCGGACAAUGACAAUGCGGUGAACAACAAGACGGGCCAGGAAGGUGCCGACCUCUUGUUGUACCUCGCCGCCUCGCCCUCCCCGGCUCAACCCCGAACCAACAAUCGGCUGAUGGAACCCCCUUCCACUCCACCACCAAAGAAGAACAACUUGGCGCUUCCAUCCUCGAUGAUGACCACCCCGGGCGGAGGCAACCCCUUCCCCGCCACACCCGGCAUGAACGCCUUCAACUUUGAAGACUUUGUGCACAUGACGCCGAGCCCGGCGCAAAAGCCGUGGAAGACUCCGCUCGGAAUGGGCGGCAGGACGCCGGCGAGUGUGGCGAGGAGAAGGCUUACGUUUGAUGAUACGACUGCUUGAGACACAUUUGGGCCUCUAAUGCUGGUGUUUAUGUCCUUUUUUUUCCUUGUUGGUUUUUUCUUGAUACCCUACUUUGCAUCGACAAAUUUGACCUGAAUUUUUAUUUAUAAACAAAUCACCCUUGUUUAUCACGGCCCCCCCUUCCCCCCCUUUUUUCUUUUGGCUUGUCGUUUUUGAGCAAAGCAAUGGAGUUUAGGGAGUUGGGAUGCCUUUGGGCUUUCUGUUUUGUUUUUAUUUUUAUUUUUAUAUCAUGUCGUUACACUCUCAACCACCAAGAAUAACAAACGCAAACAAAUCUUGAUCGGCAAAGUUUUUAAUUAUUACCCUUCGACCUCAACGCACUUUUACACACAAGUUUCUGCUUUUCUUUUGCUGCGCUUUUUUUUUUUUCCAUUUUUUUAGGGAAAUGAUGGGAUGGAUGUAUGGAUGGGACAGAGGAUUGAUUCAAGGAGACUGGGAAAGAGAAAUGAUGGGGUUUUGGUGCAUGAAUGGCUGGUUGGCUUGGUUGGUUGGCUUGGUGAAUGUUUUGUUGUAUGUAGGGGAGUUGUAGCAGUGUGAAUUUUGGGUUUGGAGCUAGGCUGGCUAGUGGUAGUGUGCACGUGUUGUCUGUGUGUAUGUGCGUGAAUGUUGUUUGUAUGUACAAAUGUGUGUGCUCACAUAGGCGGGAAUCGAAUUGAACUUGAAAGAGCAUCUCUGAGCUUGAUUUGCACCAUUUGCGAUGAACCAGUGAACGAAG